AUGCAGGGCCAUCAGGUCAGCCAGCAUCGCUACGUCCUGGACAUCCAAGGCCAGAGUGACUGCAGGGGGGAGCUGGAGGUUGGCCUGCUUCUCCAUACGACCCCAGAGCUGUGGAGAAGGGACUCGGGGAUCUUUCCCGCCUCUGAGAAUAUCCAGAACACCUGGUUUGACAACCUCAUCGGUGUUAUUGACCACACAGACUGGUCCAGGGUACAGUACAUUUCAGAAAAGCAGAAAGCCUGCGUGGAGGGAGAGCUCGGGAGGCGGCUCCGGGGAGGAAGGUUCCUCAGGCCGCCGUGCCUCCCCGCUUCUGCCCGGCUGGCGGCGCUGCGUGGACGACAGAGCCCGUCCUCUGAGGCCCACUUCCGCUCGCUCGCACGCACCGGGCCGGGGGAGCCGAGAGAGGGCCGCAAGAUGGCGGCCGCCGGAGAGGGCCGCAAGAUGGCGGCCGCCGGGGAGGGCCGCAAGAUGGCGGCCGCCGGGGAGGGCGGCAACAUGGCGGCCGCCGGGCCGGCCGCGCGUCGCCCAGAGACAAUGAGCCGCAAGAAGUACCAGGCCGCCCUGAAGAAGGAGAAACGGCGGCAACGGAGGCAGGAGCUCGCUCGACUGAGAGACGCAGAGCUGCCGUCGCAGCAAGAGGAGGAAGACGACGCUUCUGCCGAGGAAAGGCGAUUGGCAGAAGAAAGGCUGGCGGAGGAGGAGAGGCAGAAGUCACACGAAGAAUGGCUGCUGAGGGAAGAGAAGGCCCAGGCGGAGUUCCGGGCGAAGAAGGAGAGAGAGGAGGCAGCCCGAAGGCGGAAGGAGGAGCAAGAGAGAAAGUUAAAGGCCGAAUGGGAAGAGCUGCAGAGAAAGGAGCGGGAGGAAGAGGAGCAGAAGCAACAGGAGACGAGGGAACGGGAGGAAGCCGCGCGGCAGAUGCUGGAUCGGGCCGGGAAGGAGUUGGGGGCCGCUGGCCCCUGGCAGAACCCGGAGCCGCCCGCGGGCGUCAGGGUGCCGGAGAAAGACCGAGCCAACUGUCCGUUCUACAGCAAAACCGGGGCUUGCAGAUUCGGCGAGCGCUGCUCGCGGACACACAGCUUCCCCGCCUCGAGUCCCACCCUGCUGGUGAAGAGCAUGUUUACCACGUUUGGAAUGGAGCACUGUCGGAGGGACGACUAUGACCCGGAUUCCAGCCUGGAGUACAGCGACGAGGAGACCUACCAGCAGUUCCUAGACUUCUAUCACGACGGCCUGCCCGAGUUCGGGAAGGUGGGGAGAGUGAUUCAGUUUAAGGUCAGCUGCAACUUGGAACCUCACCUGCGGGGCAACGUGUACGGUCAGUACCAGUCGGAGGAAGACUGCCAAGCAGCCUUCUCUCUCUUUAAUGGGCGAUGGUACGCGGGACGACAGCUUCAGUGCGAAUUCUGCCCAGUGACCCGCUGGAAAAUGGCAAUCUGUGGCUUAUUGGAAGUACAGCAGUGUCCAAGAGGAAAACACUGCAACUUUCUUCACGUGUUCAGGAAUCCCAGCAAUGAAUUUAGGGAAGCUAAUAGAGACAUCCACCUGUCGCCAGAUUGGCCUCGCUCCUCCCUCGGUAAGAAUUUGGAGAGGAGGGAAAGGACCAGCCACCAUGAACAACACUAUGGAGGGUCAAGACAAAGGAGCCUGAGUCCAGACCUCUCCUACGAGAGGAACGGCGAGUCUGACAGGAAGAGCGAUAGUAGUCACAGGGGGAGGAAGUCUCACAAACACGUGCGGAAAAGUCGUGAGAGGCGCAGGUCACUGAGCAGAGGACGAAGAAGGGAUCACAGUCCCGGCCCCUGGAGCAAGAGCCGGAGGAGUCGCAGGAGCCGGAGCCGAAGCCAGAGCCGGAGCUCAUCAAGGUCCAGGAGUCAUGGCAGGAGGCAAUCAGGUAGUAGAGACAAAACCACCCAGAGUCCCAAACCUAAAUAA